AUGCUUACAAGGAACUGCUUAUCCCUGCUUCUCUGGGUCCUAUUUGAUGGAGGUCUCCUAACGCCACUGCAUCCACAACAAACUUUAGAAGCAGAGCCAAGAGAAAAUGUUGUCCCAGUGCCAGGGAGGAGAUCAUCUGCCCAGCGAGUCAAACGAGGCUGGGUCUGGAAUCAAUUUUUUGUGCUGGAGGAGUACAUGGGUUCCGAACCUCAGUAUGUGGGAAAGCUUCAUUCUGACUUGGACAAGGGAGUGGGCACUGUUAAAUACACCCUUUCAGGAGAUGGUGCUGGCACAGUUUUUACCAUUGAUGAGACCACAGGAGACAUUCAUGCCAUAAAGAGCCUAGAUCGAGAAGAGAAACCUUUCUACACGCUCCGGGCUCAGGCUGUGGACGUUGACACCAAGAAACCACUAGAGCCUGAAUCAGAGUUCAUCAUCAAAGUGCAGGACAUUAAUGAUAACGAGCCAAAGUUCCUGGAUGGGCCUUACGUUGCCAGUGUCCCAGAAAUGUCUCCAGUGGGAGCUUACGUGCUUCAAGUAAAGGCAACAGAUGCUGAUGAUCCUACUUAUGGAAACAGUGCUAGAGUGGUUUACAGCAUUCUUCAGGGGCAACCAUAUUUCUCCAUUGAUCCGAAGACAGGUGUAAUAAGAACAGCUUUGCCAAAUAUGGACAGAGAAGUGAAAGAACAGUAUCAAGUUCUAAUCCAAGCCAAGGACAUGGGAGGACAGCUGGGAGGACUAGCUGGGACUACCACUGUAAACAUCACUCUCACUGACGUCAAUGACAACCCACCCAGAUUUCCUAAGAGUAUCUUCCAUUUAAAAGUACCUGAAUCCUCUCAUGUUGGUUCUGCUAUUGGGAGGAUCAGAGCUGUGGACCCUGAUUUUGGGAAAAAUGCAGAAAUUGAGUACAACAUAGUUCCAGGAGAUGGGGGAAACUUAUUUGACAUCACAACAGAUGAGAACACCCAGGAAGGAGUCAUCAAACUCAAAAAGCCUUUAGACUUUGAAACAAAAAAGGCAUACACCUUUAAAGUUGAAGCCUCCAAUCUCCAUCUUGACCAUCGAUUUCACUCUGUGGGUCCAUUCAAGGAUACUGCCACUGUGAAGAUCAAUGUCUUGGACAUGGAUGAACCUCCUGUUUUCAGCAAGCCGAUGUACACAAUGGAGGUUUAUGAGGAUACACCUGUGGGAACUAUUAUAGGUGCAGUGACAGCACAAGACCUUGAUGCUGGGAGCAGCUCAGUUAGAUACUUCAUCGAUUGGAAGAAUGAUGCGGACAGCUACUUUACAAUAGAUGCUACUGAAGGAACCAUUGCUACUAAUGAAUUACUGGACAGAGAAAGCACAGCACAGUACAAUUUCUCAAUAAUUGCAAGUAAAGUUAGUAACCCACUAUUAACCAGCAAAGUCAACGUUAUAAUAAAUGUCUUGGAUGUCAACGAGUUUCCUCCUGAAAUUUCUGUUCCAUAUGAGACAUCUGUAUGUGAAAAUGCCAAGCCAGGACAGGUGAUACAGACUGUCACUGCAGCAGACAAAGAUUUGUCACCAGCUGGGCAAAGGUUUUCCUUCAGACUGUCACCUGAGGCUUCCAACAAACCAAAUUUCACAGUCCACGACUACAGAAACAACACAGCUGGGAUUGAAACCAGGAGAAAUGGUUACAGCAGAAGGCAGCAAGAGCUGUACUUUCUUCCAGUAGUAAUAGAAGAUAGCAGUUACCCUGUCCAGAGCAGCACAAACACAAUGACUAUCCGUGUUUGCAGAUGUGAUUCUGAUGGUACCAUCCUGUCCUGCAACGUGGAAGCAAUCUUCUUACCAGUAGGCCUCAGCACAGGAGCACUGAUUGCAAUCUUGCUGUGUAUUGUUAUACUUCUAGUCAUUGUGGUACUAUAUGUAGCACUGCGGAGGCAGAAGAAAAAGGACACCUUGAUGACCUCUAAAGAAGACAUCAGAGAUAAUGUUAUCCAUUAUGAUGAUGAAGGAGGUGGAGAAGAGGACACCCAGGCUUUCGACAUUGGUGCCCUGAGGAAUCCCAAAGUGAUUGAAGAUAACAAAAUACGCAGGGACAUAAAACCAGACACCUUGCGGUUUCCGCGUCAGAGACCAACGGUGGAAGAUAACACGGACAUAAGAGAUUUCAUUAAUCAAAGGCUACAGGAAAAUGAUGUAGAUCCGACUGCACCUCCUUAUGACUCCUUGGCAACAUAUGCUUAUGAAGGAAAUGGAUCUGUUGCAGAGUCUCUCAGCUCUAUAGACUCCCUUACUACAGAGGCAGACCAGGAUUAUGACUAUCUAAGUGACUGGGGACCUCGCUUUAAGAUCUUGGCAGACAUGUUUGGAGAAGAAGAAAGUUAUAACCCUGACAAAGUCACUUAA